AAGAAAUUGUGUGCCUACAGAGUGAAUCAUACAAUUCCAUACAAAAAUGACGUCUCUAACCAUUUGUGUUGCAAUUGUCGCAGUGUUAUGUAUCAGUUUGGGUACAGCCACCGAUUUGAAUUUGGGGACCUCAUUAAAUGGCCAGCUGGCCUAUAUGGAGAAUGUGAAGCUGUCUUCUUUUCCUCUGAAGAUUAGAACGAAAAAUGUAUUCUACAAUGAUGAAAAAAAUCCCAGGACCAUCAAGGGCAUAUCAGCAGUAGAAGUUGUCAAAACUAACGCUACAGCGAUAGUAACUGCCGGCGGUGUGGGCAGCACGUUUGCUAACAUUCGACUGAAAAGUGCACGUGGCGAGGGAUUGGAUUACCAAGUGCAGAUAUUCGUCUGAUUUUAAUAUGUGUAUAUAAUUGAUAACCAAGUAAAAAAAAUGCACAAAAGGAUUUGUAAUAAAGGUCAUUCAAUAGUAUUAAAAUAAAUAUCAACAAAUACUAA